AUGUCACGCAGCGAGCAGAAGCCAUUGCCAGUGCCCAGUCUGCAGAAGGUACCGGAAUUGUACGACGAUGACGCAGAGGAACCGAAGGGACUGGUCAACAUCGUCGAAAUCUUCGAAAAGCUCCGCGAGGAUCCAUUGGUGCUGGAACAGAACCUUAAACAGAUGCGCGAUUGGAUCGCGAAGCAUCCACACAUUCGACGAUGCCGUACGGACGCCCGAUUCCUGUUGCGAUUCCUGCGCGCCAAGAAGCACUCCUUCCUGAUGGCCUCACAGACACUCGAGCGCUAUCUAGCCGCCCGUAUGAUCCAUCCCGGAUGGUUUCAACGGCUCGACAUUCGCGAUCCCGAGCUGAGCCACCUGGCGGACAUUGGGUUCAUCUAUCCGCUGCUGGAACGCACCGCUGAUGGCUGUAUAGUGACGAUGACCGAUUGGGGUCUGCUGGAUCCAAACCAAUACACGAUCGAACACAGCAACCGAAUGCACAUCCUGUUGGCGGAGACGUACUCCGAUGACCCGUUCGUGCAGUGUACUGGUGGUUUCAUGAUCUUCGACAUGCAACACGUGACGCUCGCCCAUCAGAGCCUCAUUUCAUUUCUUGCGAUCAAACAGUGGGCCCAGUUCGUCAACAACGGGCUACCGCUCCGGUGUCAGGGUUUAUACGUCAGGGUUUUCCGUGAUUUCGACGAGUUGACCAAAGAGCACUUCGAUCGCCAGAUUCUCCCAAAGGAAUACGGUGGCAAGAUACCGAAAAGUGAGCACAUGAAGGCAUUCCGCGAGCAGUGCGAGCUUUACCGGGACAGACUGUUGGCCCUGGACGAGAUGGAUAUCGAUCUGGAUCAUAGCGAGACCUACUCGCGGCAUGCUAUGCUUGAAGAUAUCGGCGGUGGUGCAAUUGGCAGUUUCCGAAAGCUAGCAGUAGACUAA